AAAUUAAUUUCUUGUCUGAUAGCAUUGCCAUUACUCGUUUGUUUUUUUUAGGUAAAAUGAUACCUUGUUUACGUAUAGCUAACUUCUCCAAUUGUUUCAAGUUAAUAUUUUGAUCGUUGUGAAUAUUGCAGCAGUUUUGUCAAGACAAAUUAAAUUUAUUGUUAGGUUAAUGAUACUGUUUUGGUGUUUUUUUUUUAAACGUUCUUAGAUAUAAGUUUAAUAAUUUAUGUUUAAGCAUAUUAAUUUUUGUAAAUGUAUUUCGUGUUUAUUUGUGUAGUUAAUUGACUUUAAGUGCUAUGUAAGUGAUAUUAUGGACAUUAAGUUCCCUAGAAGAGAAGAAAAAAAGAAUGCAGUUUGACCAGAGUCUGCAGCCUGCAGUCAUGGCAAAGCUUUCCCGCUUUGUGGAAAACAAAACAAAAUGGGCUGCUUCGUCAGUAAAGACAAGCUCACCAAAGAGGACAUGGACUUCCUCAAAACCCAUACAUCUUACGAUGAAACCACCAUAAAAGAGUGGUACAAAGGAUUCAAGCAAGACUGCCCGAACGGGAGGCUUACCCCGGCGAAAUUCGUUGAUAUGUAUAAGAUGUUCUUCCCCUCCGGCAACGCCGUCGAAUUUUGCGACCACGUGUUUCGCACGUUCGAUAUGGAUAAGAAUGGAUACAUAGAUUUUAAGGAAUUCCUUCAGGCGAUUCACGUGACAUCUAGCGGAACGCCGGAGGAGAAGUUAAAGUGGGCAUUCCGCAUGUACGAUGUUGACGGGAACGGCGUUAUAGAUAUCGAAGAAAUGACGAAAAUAGUUCAGGCUAUCUACGAUAUGCUAGGCGCUUGCUCGAGUAACAGACCAGCGGAUUCUGCCGAAGAGCGCGCAAAGAAUAUUUUCGCCAAAAUGGACGAGAAUAACGACGGCCAGCUGACCCAGGAGGAGUUCCUUAAGGGCUGCCUUCAAGACGAGGAACUGUCAAAAAUGCUGGCUCCCUAAGCUUUAGGACCACAUAGUACGGCCCACAUCCCCCCCACCCAAUCUAAUCCAAACGAUAACCCGACGGCGUUAAGUCAGCAUAUAGCGCUUCGCGGUAUAGAUAUUCUUUCUCAGCCGUAUUAUGUUUGAAUGUGAACGCCAAAUGGGGUUGCCAGAUUAAAAUAUUGUCGUUUCGGAACAUUACCAAAAUACAACUUGGACCAUAUUGUGCAAGUUGAGAUUGUCGGGUUAACCUAAUUUCAGUAUUAUAUUCCUUGGCUGAGAACAAAGCUAUUCGUUGUAAGGGUGGGUGGGAAAAUAUGUUCUCUUUAUUUAGGACGCCGGCCAAGAUGUAAAGGUCCGGAACAGUCAACUAACAACUUAGCUAUCUGGCAACCCUAGGUGCAUGGUGGAGCACGAUCGCUUCACACACUCCAGCGUUUAUUAUGUAAAUAAAAAACCUUCAAUCAGUUUUCAUUACAUAAUGAAAAAUAAUAUUCGACGUUUUUAUAUCUCGAAGAGAUUUUUUAAAAUGUAUCGUUUAGAAUGUAGGUUUCGAAUUCAAUUUUGGAAUGUGAAUUUAAAUGAAUAUAGUUAAGGAUUCGUAUUGUCGUGUCGGAUUGGAAUGCGUACAGUCAGUCACAACUCUCGACUUGACUGUACUUAGUCCGGCUGCGAACAGAUGGAACUUCGAGAUUCCUAAUUUGAAUUUAAUCAUAAGUUAUUCGAAAUUUGAUUAAACUACGAGUGAUUCGGAGUUUGAUUUAACAAUUCAGUUAUAAUGAUUGGAUACUAUUAAUUUAUUGCUGGAAUCGUUAAGGAAUUCCAUUACAGUGUGAAGUUGGCCUUAGUGUCGUGACCUGCUGUAUGCAAAGUGUACUCACGUAUAUCCCUGAAUUAGAUGUAUUGUGUUUACACAAUACGCAAUCCCGGGCGUGAAGCGCAGCUUGCAUUUCCUGUCCACCUGUGUAGAUGAAUUUUGAAUAAACACUUUCUAUACUUACCUAUAUAAAAAAAGAAUGUUUACGGAAAAUAAGAAAUAAGUCGCCAUGAUGCGAUUUUUAUAGAAAGAUGGAUGAAAACACAAUGGCUGAAUAUGUUUCGGGAACUAAAUAUUCAUCAUAAAUUCAAUGCAAACAGCGUAGUUCUCAUCUAUUCACAAUGCGAAUCGAUAAUCGAGUGGCUAAUAUAAUAUGCGAAGGCCUUCCAUAACAUAACAAUAUCUGGUUUAUCUGGUAAUCUCUUAACAUUAUCUCGCCGUCUCUCUCGCUUGAAUAAUUUACACUGCAGUCAUAAAAAAAGGACACCUAGUGUUAUAAAUAAAUUUUAAUAAAAAUUGACAAAUGAGAAAAUAGUAUAAUUUUAAAUAAAGACAAUGAAGAUUUUCUUUAAUGUGUCUGACAUUUCAAAAUUUACAGGUGAGACAACGAUAAACUCAACACACACUUGAAAUAAAAAGAUGACACCCAUAAAUAAUAACAAUGAAUAUUGCUCCAAAUAGCCAGAGUCACUUAACUUAUAAUUGUUAAUCCACUUAACAAUACUGCGAUUUGAGAAUUUAAAACUGAACUUAAAUGUUAUAUGUAACAACCCACAAUAAUAAUCCACUCUUGUAGUGAUUUGUGUUUGAUAGUAGCUUCAUGGAAGCUUCCAGACUAUAUACUGACGCCCCUGACAGUAUUUGCAUGUUUAAUCUCAUGCGCCGUUGUCGCAAAUUGGAAGCUCCAUUCGGCUAUUGUUUUAUGCAGCUCCUAGAGCGGAAUUGGCUGAUCAAUCAAUAUACGCUGCAAAAUUAAUUUGGAAUUAGUGCUAUGAAGUGAUGCGAUAUUGAACAAAAGAAAAUAGAUCGGAGUGUCAAUGGAAGUGCAUUCAGUUUGAAGUUUAAAAAAGAAAAAAAAGCAAUGAGAACUGUCUGGAAAUGAAUCGCUCCUGUCCAAUAUUAUGAAGUUUGAAAAAGGAAUAGAAAUGAGAACUGGCUGGUUUAUUUGAAUUAUUCCAUCUAAACGUUAAAAGUAGCUUGUAAACAUACGCAUUUCACAUUUGAAUGCCCGCUUGAUAACAAAUGCGCCAUAGAUAUCUUCGGUCUACUUGUCUACAUGUAAACAGAAAGCGAUCGAUACUGAAAAUAUAACUACAGCAUAUUGUGGACACGCUAGCUUGUAAGCUGCGCUUCACCGAUUCCCAUCAUGUUCAUCGAUUUGUAUAAAGUUGUAUGUAAUAAAUCAUGACAUUGAUGUAACGAAUAUGAAGUAUUGGUGAAAAUUUAAAAAUGUCCAUUCCUAUUUGGUAAAAAUAUGUGAACGGUAAUUGUAUGUCAAUAUUCUAUCGCUGUCGGAUUGUCCACUUUGCUAAUCGAAUAAGUACUGUAUCCGUACCAUUCACGAAAUAAAAAUGUCCUCAUAUAUUCGAACAUGUCCGAUUAAACUUUAAUCCUAUCCGAUGGAUGCAUAUUGCACGGUAUAAACAAUGUCAAUCUUAAAUUUUACUGUUAAGGCAACAAUUAGCGUAGCCAUUAACCAACAGAAUCGAUCAGAUUGUAACAUCUGCGAACAUUUUGCGUUUGGCUCAUGCAAAAUUUCACAAGCGCAAACUGAUCUCUUCUGUCGAAUUAAGUCUUAAAAUUAAUGUUUGACAUAAAGUGGAACAUUUUGAAUAUCUUAAAAAAUAUCGGUGUUGUAUUUACUCCGUUUAUAUUCCUUCAUCGGUGUUGUCCUUCGCUGAGGAUGUCCACUUCACCUGGUCGGUGUGAAGCCGGCCGCCCAAUGAGCUUUACCCCUUUCAUCAUUCGUUGCUUCACAUAUUACUUUCGCCGAAUCUAUACAAUUAAGGCUAUGGAAUAGGUACUUUAAAUUUCCACUCUAGUUAUAAAACUAUCAUGUAUUUCUAUUCUACGCUGUGGUAUUUAGCAUCUCACUUAUUUCUCCACUGUGCCUUCUAGUUCUCUGUAAAUACUUGAUAAUUUUUCAACAUUCCCUCACGCUCUUUCAUCCUUCCAUUUUCAUCGUAUCGCCAAUGGUGCACCGUUUCCUCCAGUGAACCUUAUUAACGCCCUAGUCACUUUAGGUUAUGUAGACUUAACAAUAUCUUUUGUUGUAACCCGUCGGCUACAUAAGCACAAUAGGGGUCGCGGAUUCAAUAUUUAUUUAUGAUAAUUAUUGACUAAAAUGUUCGAAUAUAUAUGUCAGCGUGGAGCUAAACGCACAAUUUGUUUGAUUAGCAUAAAUUUGAUUUAUUUCUUUAAAAAAGAAAGCAGUAUAAAUUUUAUGUGUAAUUCAAGAAGAUAUUACUAACGAUUUUGAUGAAAAUUAACCCAAAGCCUCGUUGUGCAAACUUAAUUAUGUUGAAAUUGUAUAAUUUUAUGAAAUUCAUCUAAUUUAUUGAACAUUCCACGAUGUAUUUUGAUUUAUUUAUUUAAUAGUUUUAACAAACAUCUGUACAAUUGUUUCUAUUUUUUGUAGAAGUUUGAUUGCAUUGUUUUAGUACAUAAUAUAUAAUUGUCAGGAACCUUUGCGUACUUAAAUGUAAACGAUUUGUAAAUUUCUUUAUUCAAAUACGGAAGAUGUGAAAAUUUUAUUUCAUUUUAAAUGAUUGUUGUAUAGUUUUAGUUAGAAAUGUGAAAAUAUAGUCAAAUGUUUGAUUUGUAAUUAAAAUAAGUUAUUGAAACGAACAAAAAUUUGAGAACAAGACGAUGAAACUGAUUAUAAUGACUGAAUUAUAUAAAAGUAGGAAAAUGGGAUCAAUAAUACUCAUUCGGACCUGAUGGUUACUCUCGUAGACAGGGUUUUGCGUAACAUAUCACAAAAUUGAAGUUUUAAUCGGAGUUUUUCUUUAAUACCAUAUAUAAAAAGAAAAUCAAAAGGUCUCCGCUUUAAAACUAUCGUUGCAAUUUACGUUCUGGCUGUAACAUUAUCCCUACCACCAGAUGUUGAGAAAAAAAAGGAACAAGUUCUUGAUGGCCAGAUAAUGUAUACGCAGAGUGAACUGCUUAGAAAUGAGUGUCAAACAACAUUUCGCAGUACCAGUAAAUAAUCUUUAAUAUUCUAAGCAUACAUAUCUCAACGGAGAAAUAAAAUUUCAUAAUGUUUGGUCAAUUAUAUUUUUUUUAAUUUACGCGCGACCCAGGCCUAUGUGUCAGUUGCUUUACGGACUACUUGGUAGUCGAAAUAAACUUAGUAGCAGAGCCGAGCCGAGAGUUGACCAAUCACAACGCGCGGUUUCAUCGAGGAUGAACCGCGAUUGGUCGUCACGGCUCUGAUUUGCUUAGUCCAGCUGAUUCCAAAUUUAAUUUCGCGUCAGUUCUAUUUUUUGUAACGGUACAAUUUCAUUUAAAUUUCUGAUCCCAAAUAGUUUUGUUCUGUGAGAAUUGGAGCAGCUAAAUGUUAGAUAGUUGUCGUCUCUAUAACUUCUUAUGCCACUAAUAGCGAACUUCUUGAAACUGCGCACAGUGCAGCACAAAACCGAUUUAAUGUAAUUACUCUCAGUAGUGUUUGUGAAUUAUGCCAUAUUGUACGCGUAAGACAUUUCUCGUUGAAUGUAUAUUCAAUGAGUUUUUCCUUUCAAUGUGAUUCUGGGUGUGUGGAAUAAAGAUCUAGAAAAUGUAAUGUAGGAAAAAUAUAGUUAAUAGUCAAUAUUUGCCUUUCAAUUCCAAAUUGGAUAUGUUGAUUUCACACGCUAUGUAUGUGACGCCAAAAUUGUUCUCAUUUUGUAACCGAAGAGAUUUGGUAGUAUCAGUGACAGAUCUUAUCUAUCCCUUUUCCACAAUUGCUAUAUACAGAGUGUAACAAAAUGGCGGCUUAACAUUGAAAUAUUAAUUCUAAGAUAAAUACAACAUCCUGAAAAUUAUUACGAUUAAUUAUAAAAUCGAAAGAAGUUUCAACUUCAUCAUAUAUUGCUACACUCUGUAUAACCAGUCACACCUAGUUGUACCGCUCAAAGAGCGACGUAAAUGCGCCUAAAAGCAAUUUAUACGCCAUAUUGUAACGCAUGUGAUGUUAAUUUUGUGGUAUAAAGUAUUUAUAUUAAUUUUAGUGUACCAUGUUAUGUAUUACGUUUUAUCAAAUAUAAUAUGAAUGCUCUGAAUAUUUAUAUUUAGGAACCAUCAAUUUUUUUUAAUGAAGUUAUGAGUGCUAUACCUUUAGGAAGUUUUUGGUUAAAAUACUGCAAUAAAAAAAAAUUAAUUCUAAGUUAUUUUCCAUUUGAUAAAACGUAAUACAAGUCUAUGCUUCAAUAUAUUUUCUUAUCCAGUAGUUUUACGAAUUUAUGAUAAUAGUUGACGAGCACAAAUUACUUCAUACACUCUAUUUAUUUCUAUAGUCUACAUGUGUAAUAGAAUAGGUAUAAUAAUGAGAUGUAAUUUAGACGCAAUAGAUGCACCAACCGAUCAAGUAUCUUUGUAUAUGUAGCAAGUCCCUCAAGAUGUAAAAUCUCCCGGAUUAAUUCAAGGGCCUAUUACAGCCUCCAUGUGUACUCUUAGGAUUUUUAUUGAAUUACCUUUAUAGGAAGUGGUGUGUGAUAAGCCCUUUAUAUUUAAAUGUAUUGCGGCGUUCCAUGCCUAUUUGACAUUCUAGCCAAAAAAGAUGUAAUCGAGUCUAUUAUUCGAAAUUCAAAAAUAUGUACUCAAAUCCUAAUUAAGUGGGUAGAUUUUAACCGAUUUGUGUAAUGUUUAUAUUGGGCGUGUAAUUUCAAAUAUUUUUUCAUAGAUUUUUUUAAAAUCGUAAAGCAACAUACUUUAUUGUGGAUCCGGUCAAAUGCCAUGAUGAGUAAUUUUAUUUAUUAUUAUUCAUAUGAUAGCUUGACAUUAUUAUGACUUCUUUUAAAAUCGACAGUUUUUGUAUUCGAAAUAAAUAGAUAAUUUUUUAUUACCUUUUGGCUUACAAUUGAGAUAACAUCAGCGCCGUCCGGCAUAAACCGUACAUGAUUGUUGUUUAAAAAUGUAAUGUAUAAACAUCGUCCGAACAAUGAAAUUUGUCAAUUCCUUAGACGAAUGUCCUCUGAACAUGGAACGCACGCUCCUUUUCCUAAUUGUAUUAGUCACUUCACGUUACUUAAUGUAACACUACCUUACGAUAGUAAUCAAUCGGCAAAGAUCGCAUAUGACACGAAUAUAUUAAAAUUGAAUUUUAAAAUAUAGACCUUAAAGACUGGAUUAGUUCGAUCUUCAAAACUCUGACGCGGAAGCUAAACACUUGCAGUUAAACUUGCAAACUAUACUUUAACGAUUUGAUAUUUAAUUCCAUUUUCCUUUCGAUCCGAAGUGAUUUUUGCCGUUUGGUAACGAUCGUUCAUAAGUAAGCAUUUCUGCUUUAAAAAUCUAGAUACGUAGGUGAUACUUCUGUCUUGACAAAACUGAUUUAUUGCAAUUCGUUUCGAUUACCUUCUGAUGAAUCUCCAAGUCUGAGUAAUGUUUUUUAAAAGUAUUUACAGUGCAUAGUAUACUCAUGCGAAUGCGAUGUUUUAGUGGAAGCGCCAUCUGGCGUCGUACUUAGGUUAUGGUAAAUAGGCACUUGUAAUAGAAUUAUUCACGUGUCCCCUCCCGUACAGUUUCUGUUGUAUCUCUUAAGAAUACAUAUUUUUAAUGAUUCACAUUUUGCCUAUUCAUGUAUAAUAUACAAAUUACAAAAACAAAAAUUCGUUUG